UGCACGGAGAAUCGAGUUGAGUCGACGUCGCUCGGUUCGUUCUCAGUCACGCACUUCACAUCAGUUAGAAGGCAGCUCAGUUGAGUAGUGAUCUCGAUAGCCGACGAACCGUACGCACGGCGGCGCACACGUGCUUCCUCCUUCUCCCCUUCGCACUCCGAGCGAAUCCGCCGCUCGCUCGGCGACGCCGUCCGUAGUCGCAUUGCUGACUCCAGUAGUACGGUGUCGGUCCGUGCUUUGACCACAUUAAACCCUACCAUAUUAUGUAAUAAGAAAAAUAAACAUUGACUCAAAACUACCACGUGUGCGCACCGGCCAUUUAAUAAUUUAAUUCAUCGUUUGGUCAACCAUCCGAUAAUCACUUUUCGGGACUUGAACCCGGAUUAUCUAGUGCUGUUAAGUUUAAAUAUUAAAAGUAUUAAAUAAAACAGUGAAAUGUCUAAUUCAGUGGAGCAGCAGUUUAGCGAGCUUAAUCUAUCACAGGAGGACCAUGAGCAAAUUUUUGAACAAGAGGACCUCCAAGACAGCCGAUCGUCAAAGGUUCUCAUCAGUGGGCUCCCUCUCCAUAUUCGCUUCGACAACAUCGAGCCUCUGCUCUCACAAUAUGGCAACGUGCAACAUUGCGACAAAGCGAACUCGCGCGAUGCCAACACCCAAGCGGUGUACAUCACGUUCGAGACCCCGGAGCAGGCGCAGCAGGCCAUAAACGGUUUGAAUAACUGCGAAUUAGAGGGUAGUCGAAUGAAAGUGGAGGCUGCAGAACAGAACGCCCGCGGAGGACGGCGCGGGCGCCCGGGCGGCGGCCGUGGCGGUGGCGGCGCCACCGGCGGCGGCUCUCGCCCCACCGACUUCCCGUUGCGACUGCUGGUGCAGAGUGACAUGGUUGGUGCCAUCAUCGGCCGCCAGGGCAGCACCAUCCGCCUCAUCACACAGCAGAGCCGCGCCCGCGUCGACGUGCACCGCAAGGAUAACGUCGGCUCUCUAGAGAAGGCCAUUACCAUAUACGGCAACCCCGAGAAUUGCACCAAUGCUUGCAAGAGAAUAUUAGAAGUCAUGCAACAAGAAGCCAACAAUACUAACAAAGGUGAAAUCUGCUUAAAAAUCCUCGCCCACAAUAACUUAAUCGGGCGUAUCAUAGGAAAAGGCGGUAACACCAUCAAGAGAAUCAUGCAGGAAACCGAUACGAAGAUAACCGUUUCUUCAAUAAAUGAUAUCAAUAGCUUCAACUUGGAGCGGAUCAUCACCGUAAAGGGAACCAUCGAGAACAUGGCUAAAGCAGAGUCACAAAUUUCAGCAAAAUUGCGUCAGAGUUACGAAAAUGAUUUGCAGGUGCUGGCACCGCAAAGUAUUAUGUUCCCGGGGCUGCACCCGAUGGCUAUGAUGUCGACCGGUCGCUACUGCGGGGCCCCGCCGCCUUUCCCGCCGCCCAUCUACACGCCGCUGGCCGGCCAGGGAGGCGCGCAACAGGGCGCCGGUGACUCACAGGAAACAACAUACCUGUAUAUUCCUAACAACGCCGUGGGCGCUAUUAUUGGCACGAAAGGGUCCCACAUUCGCAACAUUAUUCGCUUCAGCAAUGCGUCUGUGAAAAUUGCACCUCUCGAGCAAGAUAAGCAGGCGGAGAACCAAAACAACGCUCAGCAAGAGCGUAAGGUGACCAUCGUCGGCAGCCCAGAAGCCCAGUGGAAGGCGCAGUAUCUGAUCUUCGAGAAGAUGCGUGAAGAAGGCUUCAUGUCGGGCUCUGACGACGUGCGGCUGACGGUGGAGAUAGUGGUGGCGUCGUCGCAGGUGGGGCGCAUCAUCGGCAAAGGCGGGCAGAAUGUGCGCGAGCUGCAGCGCGUGACCGGCUCGCUCAUCAAGCUGCCCGAGCAGCCGCAGCAGCAGGGAGCUCCGCAGCAGGACCACGACACCACCGUGCACAUCGUCGGACCCUUCUACAGCGUACAGUCUGCUCAGCGGCGCAUCCGUGCCAUGGUGGCGCAGGCGAGCGCGCCCAGCCGCCACCGCCGCGCCGCGCAGCCGCCCCCCGCGCAGCAGUAGAGUCCUGUCCCCCGCGCGCCCACCACCGCCACUUCACUACCCACCCCUCAUACCACCCGCCACCAACGGCCGGCCUCCGCACCGUUUCCCAGGCGAGUAACGCCUGACCGCUCUCACACGCCACCACACGUACGAAUCGCCUCAAAUAUCUUAUAUAAUAUACAGAAUAGAAGUAACCAAACAUGGCAUCUCACCGUUACCAUGUAAACUAGUGCCGUGGAGCUUCGGCGCUCGCCCCGAGUGUGUACUUAAUCAUAGUUUUUAGGUUAAAAACGUCUAUAAGUAAUGCAUGUGGGUCAUAUUUGAUUUGUUGAUGAAGACCACUCGAGGUGAGCGCACACCGCGUGUGAGAUUAGUAUAAGUGAUGCUAAAUGGCCAUGCGCGUGCGACGCGGCGACGCGCGACGUCGCGCACACGUUGCCAUUUAGAGGCGCCCUCGCCAGCCACAGCACACUCCGCGCUGGCCAGCUCUGUUGUUGGCACCACGUGUCCAAAUGUUGUUGUUGACAUAAUUAUAUUAUUGUAGUGAAUUGUAAUUUAAAUACUAUUGAUAAAUCCAUAUUUUAUCCGGGGAUUAUCUAUGUUGAUAAUUAAUAUUUGAAUUGUAUUAAUAUAUAUUAUUCAUAUACACUAUUUUUUUUAACGAUAGUGCCAGUUAUAUAUAUUUAGUGCAGUGAAAAAUAUUUAAUUGUUAUAUUGUUUUCAUACCAUGUUAAUCUGCUACAGUUUUAAAGAGUUGAAAUAGAAUGCAAUAGUAAACGAUUAUGUUCUCUAUACAUAUACACAUGUUAAUAGCAGUUACUAUAGUACCACUCCAUAUACUAUAUACAAACGAAAAGUACAUAUUUAGUUUUGUUAUAAAGUAAUAAUAGAUUAAUCUGUUGAAAUCACUACACUAUACUGUUAAUUAUUUGAAAAGGGUGUGUGGGAUUAAAAUCAACUAGGAACGACACUGCUUUACCGAGGAGGCUCAAAGGACGAACGGAUGCUUUGCGAGUAAGAGGUCUUUCUUUAAACGAUACAUGGAAUUUCUGCAUGCAUGCUGAUGAUAAUGUUGUACAAUGGUUUUAUAGUCAACGUGUGCGUUGGGUGUUAAGUAACUAAUCCAAAGAGUGAAUGCCGAUCGUGUGAAUCGGCAGUCUUGUGACGAGCCUUGACUAGACAAGGGAGCCGAGCGGCGCGCGCCGGGCUGCGCGGCGGGCGCCUUGGGCACGCGCAUGCGCCCGCGCCGCGCCCUCGUGCUACGGAGAUGAUAAUCCACCUGUUGGAUAUAAAUAUUUUUGAUAUAUAAUUAGUAAUUGUUGGAGAGUAAGAAGUAAACGUAUGAGUUUUAAUUUGUAAGUGACAUUUGUUGAUCGUUUUCUUUGUAAUUUUGUCUUUGUUAGCUUUAUAAUGUUUUCUUGUAUUGAAGCAUUUUGAAAAUUAAGACGAUAUACCGUAGCGUUUAAUGGUGCGAGUGGAAACGUCGUAUUGUUUGGUUCUAUCGUGAUAUGUUUUAUUAUUCAAAUAUACGAUUUGCGUUAUAAUUGUGCCAAGUGAGAUAUUUAACUAUGAGAGAUUAAGGUUAAGUGAAUAAUAUCAAAAUUAAAUGAAAGGCUUAGAUAUUUAUGAUUGUGAUAAUAAUAUAUGGAAGUUUUGGCAAGUGUUUUUAAGAAUGUUUUACAUUCUUAUUUCCAUUUCUCAAUUUUAGGUUAGAUUAUAUAAAAGGAUAAUGAAGUGAGCAGGGGAGGACGCGCGGCGGCGGGGCCGAGCGUCGCCGCCGCGGCGGGCAGCGCCCGGCGCCCUUUCGCUCUCCUUUAUGCCGUUAACGUUAUUUCCGUCUCUCCCAAAUGCAUUAAAAUAAUUUUCAUUUCAUGACAUAACUUCAAACCGCACCUAAGAGUGCUGCUCGCAUUACACAGUUAAGUUUUAAGCGUUUUUAACGUUUAUUUCAGAAAAUAGUUUGAUAAUUCCAAUUUAAAGUUGCUGUAUCAUGAUUUUAUAUUAUAUUUUUUCUAAAACACUUCGUCACUAGCAAUUUUAUUGCUUCCACAUAUUAUUGAAAAUCUCACAUUUGGCAUUUAAAACAAAAUCUGCAUUUAGAAGAAAACGUACAGUCAGUGACAAGGUUUUCUGAAACUACAAGUUCAAAUUAUUAGAAUUUUUAAGAUUUAUGGAAGAAGUAUCUAGAGAAAAUCUAAGAGACUUAAGUUGCUGGCUGUACAUACGCAAAUAUUGCGCUCUCAAUCGACAGGCAUAUGAUGUACAUGUAAUGUACGUAAUUUUAUUAGGGUCAUUGAAAUGUACACUAAGUACCUACGUGCAACCAUCUUACCGGACGCGGCAGCGUGGCUGUACUUUCCAUAAUCUUACUUAUUAGUAUUUUGAUUUUAACAUUUUAAGUUCCUUUUUACGCUACGGAGAAUGUUUUUGCUUCGUUUGUAAUUAUAAUACGGUCGUCAGCUUACAAAUUAAUCACUGAUAUAAAGGAUCAGGACUUAACCACUUACAUAUCAGUAAGAAAAACAUCCGCACGCUGGCUCAAAUGAGAGCAGCCGAGCUUGUACGCUUGGCACGGCACACCAGAGUAAUGCGGCGCACGCGCACUGCGCUGCGCUACAGCGCAGUACACUCCGCUUGCAUGUAUUGUGGACACUGUUGAAUUGUUUCUGCAACUAGCAGUCUCAUUACGCGUACUUUAGGGGUAGACUCCUCACCGACGAAUACUUGAUUUAAAGAGCGAGUGAUUAUUGUUCUUCGCUGGCUCUGUUUAUGCAUUGUAGUGUCGCUAUUUACUACUUUCGUCGGGUUCAUUACUGCUAUUUAGGUUGUGGUGAAUCUUAUUCGCUGGGGAGGGCUCCACCACAAAUGGCGUGUUUACAGUUGAUACAAGACUGAUAUUAAAUAGCGAAGCGCGUCGGCGCGCCCCUUAUCAUCGGACUACACUACUUGAUAGCGAGCUACUCUUGUCAAUAGAUGUGGCUAACUGCACUUUAUUUGCACUGACCAACUUUAUAAUAAAUAUAAAGUAUGUUUGGGUGUAAUGAACGAUCGACGAGCAUAUUUGACUUUGUUCAACUAAGAAGUACUGCUUGGUGAGAGUAGGUAAUGUGCAUCAGUGAACAGUCAGGUCUACAAGAACAUCCAACGUUUUUCAUUAGGGUAUUUGGUUCUAAAUAUACACAGAAAAGCAUACUACAUUCCGUACUGAUAACAUCGAAUGAUGCUGAUGAGAGAAGUCAGUUUAAAGUCAGUUUAGAGUCAAGCACCUUAAUUAAAAGUUAGUAGAAAUAAAAGUUUUCUUUCAUCGUUUGAAUUUACAAUGUUACCGCGAUCAAUGAUCACAGAUAAUAAGAUACAAAAUAUAGUAUUUGUAAUCACUGUUUUAACAGAUAUGAGUGUGUACGAACAAAUAAUUCCAUCCCAUCGCGAGGGAAAUUACAUGUUUGCUUGUUUUAGGUGUUGAAUAUGUGGUAUUCACGAUAAUAUUUUCACACGACACAAAGUAUAUGGACAUGAGAAAUUGGCUUGUACAUGUGCUAGUAUAUAGUGGGUCGCGGGCGGGCCAGGCGGGCCCGCGCCGCUGUCCACGCUGACACACUCAGCCAGAUUCCGCUUGCAUCGGCUAUCUAAGGAGAUAAUAAACAGUUACUUUCACUGCGACAGAAAAGUGUACAUAUAAGCAUGUGGUUUAUUCCUUCCAAAUGUAAGCAAGAGAGGGUACAUUAUGAUUUGUAAUGUGUUAGGAUGCAGAAAUAGUUUUAGUUGUUUAAUUGUAUCGUUGUGAAGUAGUGUUAAGUUGAGGGUAGGCGCGGGCGGCGCACGGCCACGAGACUGAGCUACACCCCUGCCGACGCGCCCUCGCGCCCAUUACUUAAAUGUCAUUCUCGCUAGUAAUAUACUUUGUCAUUCUUGUUUCAUGGUUCUACUGUUAUAUUACAUAAUAUUACUUUCUCAUGUGUGUAACCACAAUUGUGUAUUUAAUUAUUUUAAACUUACUUUUAGAAAACAUGAGCACACAUUGCAUGUUAAUUAUUGGUUCAUAUCCUUAGUUCUCUCAAUACCAGAUUCUUAAAUAGUUUUAAAGUUGUGCAUAUUUAUACAAGCAGACAUUGCUUCAUAAGGGCUGCCAUAGUUUAUAUCAUUGUCUUACAAUAGCAAUGUGUAAACCAACAUAUUUAUUGGUUAUUACAAUAAUGUUGGUAACCAGCAGCUUAAUCAAAGCGACAAAUCGCAAUUUUUAAUAACAUUGGAUACUUUAAAAUGUUGUUAAUGUGCUUCUAUGCUCUUAAGAAACUUUGGUAGCCAGGCGUUUGUGUAAAUGUGGUAUUCAGAGAACCUGUUCUGUUGAGUCAGGCGAUAUUUUGUGAAGGAAGGGUUCAAUACAAUAUUGUUAAUUUUAUAGUGGGUAAAAGCACUCAUUCUGUUGUUCGUACGUUACACCCCUCCAAUAUAUUGUGUAGUAUUGAUGUUUCAUCGAGUCAAUGAUGUUAAUGUAUGUAUUACGUUUGUAAGUGAUUAGCGGGCGGCGGGCGGGCACGCGGCGUGUGCGCGCGUGUCGCCGUGUGAUAAUAGAGUAAAGCUAGGCGAGAUGCGCGCGCCCACCCGCGCUCCGCCCCCGCCCGCCUCUAUUGGAGAAGCUGUUGUUGUUGCUUCUCAAAUGUAUUAAUGUCCAAUAUAUACAUUUUUAAUCCAUUUUUCUUUUUUUUUCAGCAAAACUGGGUUUUACACACGAUAGUUAUUCCACCAAAAUUUACUUUGAAUUUUACUGUUAUUUUUUGAACCAUUUUAUAAUUGGUAUAAGUUCUGAAACUAAUAACUACCUCAAUAUUACUAAAUGAAUAUGAUAAUUAUCUUUGUGCAUGUUUUUGGGAACUGAAUUUAAAAGAAUACGAAAAUUCAAUAUAGUAUAAGGACGCUAUUUUAAACAUAGUAAUGGAAAUUGUCAAAAUUAGGUUUCUUAACGUAAUAAAAGUGUCAAAAAUUGA